CCCUUGAGCAGUUAUCUGCGUAGAUGCCACAGUUAUCAAUAUCAACUAGAUAUAUUACAUAAUCACUGACAGACCAGCGGCGUCACAAACAAGUCCCAAAUCCCCUUUGCUCCGGAGCGACGGCAUCUGCACUGACAUCGACCAACUAAACAAAGAACUAAACAAAGAGAAGAGAACAAGAGCAGAGAUAUUGAAUAACAGCACAGAGAUCAGAAGAGAGAAAGAAGAGAGAACACAGGACUGACAAGAGAGGUGUUAUGGCGUCGAUAUACGAUCUUGAUCCGAAUACCAAGAAUCUACUCAGUCUCGACACGUUUCUGAGACAAAUCACAGUACAGGAGUUUAUCGAAGGCAUAACCGCCGACCGCUCUAUCCAAGAAAGCAACAGUCGCUCGGCAGCACUUGAUCCGAGACCGUAUGUUCGCGCGUUUGAAGCCUCGCUCGAUGCGCUAGCGCAGAUCAGCGCAGAUCUCAACAGUCGCGAGCAAAAGAUCCAGACUGAGGCGCGGCAGGCUGGUGCUGCGCAUCAGGCUGCGAUCUUGAAGACCGAGGCGCAAUGCCAUACACUAACCGGCCAAUUCUCUGAUCUCGACCUCCUCGUCUCCGACGUGGCCUCGACCACGACCGCGCUAGGCGAAGCAGUCGACCUCGUCUCGCGCCAACGCAACCGCGCCGCCUCCUCGAGCUUCAUCAUCAAAUGCUAUAUCUCCUUCCUCGAGAACGACAACUACGUCGUCGAAAAGAUGCGCACGGGAAACUUCGACGACCAGCGCCAGUGCGCAAUCACCGUGCGCCAGUUACUCCGCGUCGCGCGCAAAAUCACAAAGAUCUCGAACGCGGACGUCGCGCGUGCGAAUAUCGAGAAAUACGCCGAGAUGCUGGAGAUGGAACUGCUGAAAGCUUUCGAACGCGCGUACCGCGCCGCAGACAUGACCUCCAUGAAAGCCGUCGCCGAGAUCCUGACCGAGUUCAACGGCGGCUCGAGCGUCAUCAAGAUCUUUGUCAACCAGCACGAUUUCUUCAUCAUGAAGGAUAAGCUGCUGCACGAGUCUGUGCGCGACGACGAUCUGAUCUGGCAGGAUCUGUGUGAUCCAAACUGCGAGGAUCCGCCGUUCGAUCCGGCAACGGUCGAGCUCUUGGACGAGAUUAGGAUUACGGUCAAGAAGGAGUCGCAGAUUAUCAAACGGGUUUUUCCUCAUCCUGAUAGUGUGUUGCGAGUCUUUCUCCAGCGACUUUUCGCCCAGACGAUACAACAACGCAUCGAGCUAAUCCUCUCCCACGCCAAAUCAAUCUCAACACUAGCCUACCUCCGCACCCUGCAAAACGCGCACUCCUACAUCGGCCAACUAGUCCAAGACCUGAAAGAGAUCCUGCACCCGGACCUCGAGAUCCUGCACCCGGACAUCGACGCCGGCGGCGGCCUCGCGAUGCUGCUCGACCAAAACAUGCAGGACGUGUUUGUGCCGUAUAUCGAGAACCGGCAGUACAUCGACAUGGAGAAGCGGAACUUGAAGGAGUUGAAUGGCGCGAUGCUGUGGCGGUUUAAUAACUACUAUGCGCAGAAACGGCCGGCGGCGACGGUGGCAGCUGCGCGGAGUAAUAAUACGUUGUUGAAUAAACUUGCGAGUGGAAAGGGAAGGGAUCUGUGGAAGAAGAAGGAGAGUAAGGAGGGUGUUUCGGUGUGAUGUAUAUAUAUAUAUUCUUACUACCACUAUAAGCUAAGCGACUGUUUUCAAGUUAUUAAAAAUCCGAUCUUUAACCGUCUGCGACAACAGCCCAUGGAUCUCCUCAGACGCGAUCUUGUUUGUAUCCCGCAGGAUCUUAUCGAGCUCCGACUCGUCGCCUUCUUUCCUCUGUCUACCCGCGCGCCCCUGCGCCGCCAACCCCGCCGACGCCGAGGCCGACCCAGACGCGAUCGCGCUCUCUGCUUUCGGAAUCUUUCUACUCAAAUCCAGCAUCUGCUGCGACG